CACGCCCGCCCACGCUUCCAAACGGAAAGCCCGCGGUUUCGGGCGCGUGCGCGGCGUUAACUGCACUUAGUCGAAACUGCUGGGGAGUCUGUGGGAAGAAUCUGUACAAGAAUCUCUUAAAAAUACCCAGAGUAACUGUGUUCGACGCUGAGGAUGACCGGGAGAGCCAGGGCCAGGUCCAGGGGUCGAGCCCGGGGUCCGGAGGGCGCGACUCCGGGCGCGCCGCCACCGCCGCAGGUCCCGCCGCAGGAGCCCCAGAGACCGGGCGCCGAGCUGGUAGGCCGAGGGAGGCAGAGGAUGGCACCGGGAGCCCUGGGCGCGGAGACCGUCUUCCAGAUAUCUGCUGGUUUCCAGCAGGUGAAGAUAGGCGAACGAGGGGGCCGGAGGCGGGACUUCUAUGACACCGGGAUCAAUACCCGGCAGGCCAUGGAACAUGUGAGGGAGUCCAAGACUGGUGUCUCCGGGUCCCCCAUCGAGCUGAGGGCCAACUUCUUCCGCCUCGUAUCCCGCCCACAGUGGGUGCUGUACCAGUACCACGUAGACUUCAACCCCCCGAUGGAAGCACGGCGCUUGCGCUCUGCUCUGCUCUUCCAGCACGAGGAGGCACUGGGUUCCGCGCGCACCUUUGACGGUGCUGCCCUCUUCCUACCCCAGCGCCUCCAGCAGACGGAGACGGUCCUUUUCAGCGAGACCAAGCAUGGCGAGAAGGUGAAGAUCACGGUGACUCUGACCAACGAGCUGCCCCCCACCUCCCCGGUCUGCCUCCAAUUCUACAACAUCAUCUUCAGGCGGAUCCUGAGAACUUUGAACAUGCAGCAGAUCGGCCGGCAUUACUACAACCCGCAGGAUCCCUUGAACAUCCCGCAGCACAGGUUGACCAUUUGGCCCGGCUUUACCACCACCAUCCUACAGUAUGAGUCAAGUAUCAUGUUGUCCAUGGACGUCAGCCACAAGGUUCUGCGCAGCGAGACUGUCCUCAGUUUCAUGGGCAGCCUACGGCAGCAGUCUGGGCCUCAACGCUUCGUCGAGGCCUGCACACGCGAGCUGGUGGGGCUCGGUGUGCUCACCAAAUACAACAAUAAAAUGUAUAGGAUCGACGACAUCGCGUGGGACCAGACCCCCACCAACACUUUCAAGAGGGGGGACACUGACAUCUCCUUCAAAGACUACUACCGGAUGCAAUAUGGCCUGGAGGUCACAGACGACAACCAGAUACUGCUGGUUAGCAAUGUGAAGAGGCUGGGGCCAUCAGGUCAGCCGCCGCCAGGCCCAGCGCUUCUGGUCCCCGAGUUCUGCUACAUGACAGGUCUGACGGACAAGAUGCGCAACGACUACAACAUCAUGAAGGACCUCGCAUCACACACACGGCUGACCCCCGAGCAGCGUGAGAGCCGCCUCUCCCGCUUUAUCGGCAACAUCCACAGGAGUGCGGAUGUCCAGAAGGAACUUGGCAACUGGGGACUCAACUUCGACAGCAAGCUACUGGAACUGCGGGCUCGUGUACUCCCAGCUGAGAGGAUCAUGCAGGGCUCCAGGACGUACGAGUAUAACCCCUGGGCUGCCGAUUGGUCCAAGGAGAUGAGGGGCUUGUCACUGAUUAACUCACGUCCACUGGAGAAUUGGAUGAUGUUCUACACGCCCCGGAACUACGAGCAGGCACAGGCGCUGCUGCAGACGCUGGGCCGUGUGUCUGGCCCGCUGGGGAUUCGCUUGCAGCGUGCUGUCAUGAUUGAGUAUGAGGAUAAACAAGAGUCCCUGUUGAGGGCGUUGCAGCAGAAUGUCGGCCCUGGAACGCAGAUGGUGGUGUGCAUUCUAGCCACCAACCGCAAGGACAAGUAUGAUUGUGUGAAGAAGUACCUGUGUGUGGAGUGCCCCACCCCCAGCCAGUGUGUGCUGGCUCGCACCUUAGGUCGGCCCCAGGCCCUCAUGACCAUAGCCACCAAGAUUGCUCUGCAGAUGAACUGCAAGAUGGGUGGGGAACUCUGGAGCGUUGAGAUUCCGCUGAAGCAGCUUAUGGUGGUCGGCAUCGAUUGUUACCAUGACAUCUCGGCGGGGAGGAGGUCCAUUGGGGCAUUGGUGGCUAGCCUCAACCCAGGGAUGUCACGGUGGUUCUCCAAGUGUGUCCUUCAGAGCCGAGGUCAGGAGAUCAUGGACAGCCUAAAGGGGGCACUGGAAGGCGCCUUGGUUGCCUGGAGGAGGUACAAUGACGGGCUGCCGGCACGCAUCAUGGUGUACCGUGAUGGCGUGGGAGAUGGCAUGCUGCAGAGUGUCGCAGACUACGAGGUGGCACAAAUCCUUGAGUGCCUCCGAGCCGUGGGUACUGACUACAAGCCCAGACUGACCGUGGUGGUGGUGAAGAAACGUGUGAGCACACGCUUCUUUGCCCGUAUUGACGGGAAGCUGGCCAACCCACCUCCGGGGACUGUGGUUGACAUUGAAGUGACCCGACCGGAGUGGUACGACUUCUUCAUCGUGAGCCAAGCAGUGCGCAUGGGCAGCGUGGCCCCCACCCACUACAAUGUAGUGUACGACUCCAGCGGACUCAAGCCCGACCACAUGCAGCGACUUACCUACAAACUCUGCCACAUGUACUUCAACUGGCAGGGGAUUAUUCGUGUGCCAGCCCCGUGCCAAUAUGCCCACAAGCUGGCCUUCCUGGUGGGUCAGAGUCUCCACCGUGAACCCAGCUCCAAUCUGGAUGACUUGCUGUUCUACCUCUAGGGGGAGGUGCUGUCACUGGUGCCAGAGUGUUUGUUCAAGCAUGUUUGUGUGAAUUGCCUUUUCUGCAUUAGGGGAAAGUGAUUUUUGCAACCUGAUUGUCAUCUUAAUGAUCAGCUGGCAAACCUUAGAUCAAGUGGUAGAUUUCUGAGUUAUAGUUUUGGAAUGAUUUUGGUUUAAUUGUAUGUUUCAUUUUGAUGGCUGAUGUAUUUCUGUUAUUUGGGCUGUUAUAUUUAAUAAAGAACCCCCGUUAUCUAC